AUGAGUCAAAACUCUGGCACAACCAAGAAGACAACAGGAUCCUAGGUCUCCUCUUCAUCUGGGGGAGGCAAUCCAAGCCAAGAAGGGAAGAAUCCAACCAACUCUGUUAGCAGUUCCCUUAACUCUAUUCAACUUCAAACUGCAAGUCAAAACUCAGCAAAGGGAGGCAACCUCAACUUGGCCUCGAAUCAAUUGGGCAAGAGACGAGUGAGAGGCGAGUAACAGCACUCACAGAUUCAGAGCAGUCCUCCAAUAACUACUAUUAGAGAUACAGACAGAGAGAGCGGCAAUGAGUAGCAGUAGAUAUACUCAGAUCCAUCCUAGGUUGAAGGCCAGACUCAAAUAACAAGCUUUUUCGGAGGUGGCUAGAACUAGACCUCUCAAUAGCAGACCAUUAAUUCAAACAAGAAACAAUACAUGUUCAAGGCCAAGAGACAUCCUAAGUCGCUCAUGAAGGAAGGAGUUUCCACUCUGAGAUAUGUAGAGGGCAAGGAAACUAUAUUCUAGAUCAUCAUGCCUUGGCGUCAGGAGAAGGAGGACGAGGAAAAGAAGAAAGAGAGAAAAGCCAAGAAGGAAAGUGAACUCAAGCAGCAGUCGAUGAUGAAGUGGAUCAACCACAAGCAAGCUCCUAAGGAUAAGCAAGCAAGAGAGAUAACCAAAGAAGAGGAGAAGUAUUAAGAGUAGAAGGUUGGUAAUGAAGAAGAUGACAAUGAUAUGUCUAAGAUCAGCAAGGUUUUCAAGGUCAAGGAGGUCCAGAAUACUAGAUUUGCAGACUUCUGCAAGGAAUGCCAAGCAAUUCUCAUAAAUCCUAAGUGGAAGGUGAGUACGGAAUACCUUGAGGAAGCAAGUCAAUCUCAGAAGGCAAAGGGCACAACUGAAGAUCAGUCUGACAGUGAUUCUGACUCAGAUUUAGAGGGCAGCAAAGGCAAGAAGGACCCCAAAUCUGGAAAGAAAAAGUCACAAGAUUCAAACAAGAAAGCCAAAAAGAAGUAAUUCAAGGCAUUUUAAGGUAUCACAAUGACUGAGUUCUCCAAACUCAUAUUCCCCAAAUCAAUGAUGCAAGAUGGUAUAUUGUUCAUUUGGGUUGAAAAAGAGUACAUAAUGGAUGUAUGCAAGUUCCUAGAAGGUCAAGAUUUCUACUAUGUUGAGAAUAUGUGCUACAUAAUGCUUGAUGAGAAUAUGAAAGAAGAAGUUGAGAAGACAAGACUGUAGGAUGCUACUCCAGCAUUUGUGAGACAGGACUACACCUAUUUCAAAAAGUCUAAGAAGACCCUACUCAUGUUCAGAAGACUCAGCAAUGAUGUUGGAAACAAAUUAGAGCUUAGACAUCAGAGAACUGGCGAUGUAGUAUUCGAUUGGUAGAAUCCCAUCAAUCCAUUCUCAAAGCCUCAAUAUUACACAUACAAGUUAAUAGAGACUUUGCUCCCAAAAGCAAUGGUUGAUUUGAAGAAAUAGCCUAACCUAAGAAUGGUAGAAUUGUGGGCAGAGGAUGACAUACCAAGAAAAGGCUGGGUCAAGUUUAUAGGACUCAAUCAAUGA